GUUCUUGUUCUAGCAUACGAAGUAGCGGACUGCGCUUCCAAGCUAGAGGCCUUGUUGUAGUCAGUGAGCCUUGUUUUCGAAAUAUAAUUUUCCAUUCGAAACGAAUAUGGAGUCCAGCGAUGCGGGGCGGGGAGGAUGGAAGUCCAAGUCUCUCCAGCCGCAGAAAAAUAAGAUGAAUAUGAAUAUUCUCCGUCAAGAGAAGCUCAUAGCUCAGAAGAAGAAGGAGAUUGAGGACAGAAUGGCAGAGCAAGCAAAAGUGAAGGAAGCCACCAGCACACCGCUACCUCCAAGUUCUCCCAGUGUUCAAGGAGCAUCCUCAAACAAAUUCGCAAAUGAUGGAAGCUUCUUACAGCAGUUCAUGAAGAUGCAGAAGGAGAAGUCCAACAAUGGUUCUGCUGGUUCCACAAGUGAGAUCAAAACUUCGUCAACCUCAACCAUGUCACCAGGCCGAAAUUCACUUCAAAAAAAGAGCAUCCUUGUUGGCAAACGGCCUGGCCUUGGAGUCAGUAGCAUGCUUAAUCAGUUCAAAACCUUCUCACAGCCCAAGAAGAAUCUUGUUCUCAGCCAGAGGCCAAGUGUGUUUUGUUCUCCAGAUGAUGAAGAUGAGGAAGAGGAGUAUGAUUACUCCAGAUUCUUAGACAUGAAAGUCUCUCCCCCAGAGGAUACAGACACCAGACUCAUUAUCGACAAGAUGGCCUCUUUUGUGGCAGAAGGGGGUCCUGAGCUGGAGAGAAGAGCCAAGGAGGACUACAAGGACAAUCCUGUUUUCUUUUUUUUAUAUGAUAAGAGCAGCUUGGAGCACCUCUAUUACAAAAAACAAGUUGCAGAGUUGAGAAGGGACUUUUUAAGACCUCAGAAUACAUCAAAUAAUGUCUCCCCCCCAGUGGAUGCGGAAACCCAGCAGAUGGCUGAGAAGCUGGCCAGGUUUGUGGCGGAGGGUGGCCCCGAGAUGGAAGCCAUUGCUGCUGAGCGCAACCAUGACAACCCUUCCUUCAGUUUUUUAUAUGAUCAUCAAAAUCCAGCGCAUCGCUUCUACAAAGAGAAACUACAGGAGUAUCAAGCUGCAGCCUCCCGGAGCUCUUCACUUCUAAUAGCUGAGUCAAAAACAGAUGUUCAGGGACCAUGUUCACCACCAGUACAAGGAAUCCCCCCACCUCUGAACCCAGCAUCUCUAACCAGCAGUCAGAUGUCAGAAACCCCGCCUGUCAAACGAAAGAGAAAGAGCAGAUGGGGGUCUGAAGAUGACAAAGUCGACUUGCCCAUUCCUCCCAUUGUUAUUCCUCAGGAGGUUACUGUUCCAGACCCUGACACACCCUCUCUCUCUGCUAAGGAGUUGCAAGGUCUGGGUUAUAAGAAGGGGAAACCUCUUGGUCUGGUUGGAGUGACAGAACUGUCUGAUGACCAGAGGAAACAAAUCAAAGAACAACAAGAGAUGCAAGAGAUGUAUGAAUUGAUCAUGAAGCACAAGCGUGUGAUGGCAGAAGUGCAGGUGAUGUGGGACAAGGCCGUAAGAGAACACCAGCAUGAAUAUGACAGUGAUGAAGAACUUGAUGAGAAGGCAGGCACCUGGGAGCAUCGUCUACGAAAGUUGGAAAUGGAGAAGACGCGUGAGUGGGCAGAAUCUCUGACAGAAAUGGGUAAAGGAAAACACUUUAUUGGGGACUUCCUGCCUCCUGAGGAGCUGGAGAAGUUUAUGGAGACCUUCAAGGCGCUCAAAGAGGGCCGGGACCCAGACUACUCAGAAUACAAAGAAUUUAAGUUGACAGUGGAGAAUCUUGGUUUCCGAAUGCUCAUGAAGAUGGGCUGGAAGGAAGGCGAAGGCCUCGGUAGUGAAGGACAGGGAAUCAAAGCUCCUGUCAACAAGGGAACUACAGCUUUGAACGGAGGAGGGUUAGGAGUCGACCGUCCAGCUGAACUUACAAAAAGUGAUGAUGAAUAUGAUGCCUUUAGAAAGAGGAUGAUGCUUGCUUACCGCUUCAGACCCAACCCACUGAAUAAUCCACGGAGACCAUAUUACUAAUGUUUGAAGCUUGUUCUUGUUUAUCAUAGCUUAAAAUCUGGUGCAUCCAGUUGCCACAGCUUUGCUCAGUUGUGAAACACACAUUGUUGCACAGUGGAAAUUCUGAAAAAAAAAUUUUUUUAAGUGUAUGCGUGCAGGGGUGCAACAACAUUUUUGAAUAGUAGAUACACUGGUAUGUCCAUUAUGCUUGAGGUUUAAUUUAGUUUUAAAAAAAUCUAAACUUUUUAAAAAUUGUGUGAUCACCUUUUUUUUUGGUACAUUUCAGUGUAACGUACUGUUCAUACUGUAUGAACUUAAAUAUAUAGACAUGCAUUGCCUGACUCUUUUUUUGUUAUUUUGUUCACUUUCGAAGCUUGACUUGAUGCCACAGUCCCAUCUUAAUAACACACUUCAUUAUUAGCAUGUUAUCAGCUAUAUAAGUUUUGAAGAGUAAUUUUCCUCACCUUGUUACCUCUAAGUAUUCACGGUAAAAUGGUCACUUAUUGAAAUUUGUUGUCACAGAUGUGUCUACUGUACUUACCUCUUUAUUAGGAAAUAAGUAGGCGUUAAAAUAAACUCUUUCUCAGCUCAUAGCUGGUGUUCCUUCCAUCAUGGUGAUAUAAUUGCCCUCAGUAUUAAUUUCUGUGUGGCUUCACAGUGAGUCACACAGUAGCGUUGACUGGGCAGCCAGUGGUGAGGAGGGUGGCAGUUCAGUGAAAUCAGACCUACAGUUUCCCAUUCCCCAAGGGGGGUUUACACAGGAUAAAUAUAACUCAAAAAUCACAGCUAAGCAAGAGCCACUCUGGUGUUGGCUUCAUCAUCAAUCAGAAGUAACUUAAGCAAUAGGUAAACCAAGGCUUUGGUUGGUUAGUGGCUUGAGGAAAAUUUAAUUUGAUGUAGGGAUGUAGCAAAUAAUUUUUAUUGGGUCUGUAAAUUAUUAUAAAAUUGCCAAUAUCACAGAUUUCUAGAUGUAUGUAUUUCUAGGAAACAGAAAAAUUGAACUAGUGAAUGAUUGUCACUUUUAUUUGGAAGAACGACUAAACUGUUAUCAAUAGAGUUGUCCAUUAACUUUAAGUAAAUCGUUUCACUUACUAAUUGCAUCAGGAUCAGAAUGAUGUUGUAGUUCAUUUGGAAGUCGGGGCAUCAAAGUAAAGUAUCUUACAGCUCAGUAUGUAUUUUAGCUGUAUGUUUGUUCUGAUUAUUAUCAGUAAUAAAAUAUAACAUGAAUACCUUGUGGAAGAAAACUGCUGC